AUAUUCCAGUCAGAACACCUCCGGCAUACAAAUAUAUAUGAGAGAGGCAGCUCACCCUCUCUGCUCUCUCUCUCCCUCCUCCUCGCUCCCCUCUCCGGCUGCAUCUCCGAGGCGAAGGCGCUGCUUCCUCCUCCUUCUCCUCCUCGCCCCCCAUGGAAUCCAUCGAGGACUUAGCGGUGGGGCCCUGCGACCACUCCCAGUACUUGAGGCCUUUUCGCCUCCGCUACCGCCAGAAUGGCAUUUCAAAGAAAUGGGAUUUCAUGAGGACACAUGACAGCGUGGCCAUCCUGAUCUUUAAUACUUCUCGGCGGUGCUUUGUUGUGGUGAAGCAGUUCCGUCCAGCUGUCUACAUGUGUGAGAUGGAACGGCUCUGCCCUCAAGUCUUUGAACGUGAAAACCAGGAGAGCUGGUGCCCUCUGCCAGGUCACUUGCCUGCUUCAACGGGAGUGACCUAUGAGCUCUGUGCUGGCAUUGUAGACAAGCCAGAGCUCUCUUUGGAAGAGACAGCUUGCAUGGAAGUCUUGGAAGAGUGUGGGUAUGAGAUCCCUACAGCCAGCCUGAAGAAAAUUACUUCAUGCAGCCCAAAGCCUCUCCAGUCUUACUUCCUGUCCGAGUGGAUUGGAAGAAUGCAGUGCUGGAACAACAAAUCAUGCAGAGACACACCAUGCAGCCUCCUUAGAGAAAGUACACUGAGCGCUUAGGAGAGUUGCAUUUUCAAUUCAUUUGUUCCACACAGCCCACCGGGGUGCCCCAGCAGAUCAUUUAGGAAUUACUGGAGUGGAUCAUUUUCCAGCCCUUACAUGCUGAUUUAAAUCAAAAUUAUUAGAUGCAGUUUGGGAUACAUUUUGUAAUCCCAACUAUUUUAGAAGGAUUUUUUUUUUAAGGCACAUUGAAAUUCCACCAGAACGAAGAGGGGAAGCCAACUGUGUGUAUGCAGAAUGCGUCUAGUAUUUGGAAUUAAGGAAAUGUCAAGAAUUAAAUAAUCUAAAAUGAAAAUGUGCUCAGAGCCUUCUGCCUCCCCAGAUUGCAGCUUUGUGGGGGGGAAAGCAUCUGUUCCCCUGCUUGGAGAUGCAUGUCGAAAUGUAUGGAGAGUUGGGACUUUAAAAGAAAGGAAAACUUUAUUUGCUUUUCCUCUUGACAACUCUAUUGAAGUGGACACUGACAUGCUUUAAGAAAGAAGAAGAAGAAGAAGAGGGGCGGGGGACUGGGAAUUAAAUUCAGAUCCACAGCUGUCAAUCCUGGCAAAUGUCAUUUCCUGCUGGAUUAAGGAGCUUUUGCUAGGGGGAGGAGAAGAGGAACAGAGGAGCUGUCUCUUACAACUCCUCGGAGCCAGAUUAUGCGAUUGGUUUCCCAGAUGAAAAGGUGCUUUCUUUGGUGUGAAAGACAGGCUGCAAUCCUAGGCCUGCUUACUUAGGAAUAAUCCUCACUGGACUCAAGGGGGCUUACUUCUGAGUAAACAGGCUGGGCAUUG